UUGAAAAACCAAUUGAAAUACAAGCUAAAGAAACCGCAAUUAAAAUUGAUAACUAUGAAGAAAAACUUAACAAAAUUCUUGAUGCUCUUGAAAAGUUAAAUUUAAAUCAAGAUAAGGGAGAGUGA